AUAUAGCAGUUAUUUACUCCGCGACCUGUGCUGAGGUGCAUCCACUGUUCAAAAAGACAACUAAUUAAAAACACGAAAAGAAAAACAAUGAUUUUGCGAGCGGCAUUUUCUAUUCUGUGUUUUGUGCUCGGUUUUUGCAGUUUAGGAUAUGGAAAGUUGGCCCCUGACUACAUCCACCCGUGCAACGCGACAACGAGCGAAUGCCUCAUAAAAGCAACGCAGGACGCCAUCCCGGAGUUCGUGAAAGGAAUCCCCAACCUCAACGUGCCUUCCUUAGACCCUUUUGUGAUCGAAAAGCUGGCGAUACCGCUCAACGGACUCAAAGUCACGUUUUACAAGGGAAAAGUUUCCGGCUUCAGAAAAUGUAUUGUCGAUAAUGUUAUUUCCGAAUUAGAGAAGAGACACUUCGUUUUGGAAUUCCAUUGCAAUCUAACCAUCAAAGGUCAAUACGACGCAAUCGGUAGAAUUCUGCUAUUCCCGAUCAACGGGGAAGGGGAUGCCAAAGUAAAACUAACAAAUCUGCGCAUGAAAGUGGACAUCAACACUAAAUACGUGAAGGACAAGCAAGGCAUAGACUACUUCGCUAUUAAGAACUACAAAUAUUCCUUUGACUACGGUGACCGAGUGCAGUUUGAUCUGCAGAACCUCUUCAAAGAAAGCAAAGAACUAAGUGAAACAGUAUUAAAGUUCCUGAAUGAUAAUUGGAAGACAGUCGCCGAAGAAUUCGGGAAACCUAUCGUAGAUUAUGCAGUAGAUUUAGCUAUUAGGACUAUAGAGAAGUUCUUUGAUAAGGUCCCUUACGAUGAAUUGAUAUACGUUCCUUUGCCUAAGUAGAAGUAUUUUUAAUACUCGCAGCGUUUAGUUAUUUUAUAAGACAAUGGUGCCGAUUCGGAUGGUGAAUCUCUAAACUAAAUAGAAUAUUUUGCAUAUUUUUCUUAUCAGUUGGACUAUGUCAUAUUUCAUAUAGUUCAGAAUUGUCGUAACAUUGUAGCUUUGGGUGGCAUUCUUUAGCAUCAUGAUUUAAAGUAUUGAGUAGGUACCACCUAAAUUUUUAGUUAUACCUACUUACUUAAAUUCAAUAUUCGUUUUUCGUCUUUUCAGUAAAAGAUAUAUCUGUAUUUAAAAUGCAGAAACUCUAAAAGCUUAUGAAGAAACAUCAGAAUCGGCGCCAAUGUAUAAAAGUAUAAAAAUAUCAAAGAUAGCCGGUAUUCGGACCUUGAAACUGAAAAUGCGGCCAGGGUAUUGUGUAGUUGAGUAAUAAUAAUAUAUUCGAUUCCCAAGGCAUCGAAAUUCGUGAUAUUAUGUAGUAUAAACUAGAUUAAAUAUAGUUCAUAUAACGUUCCUAA